UCCGAGGAGAGACAGCGGAGAGGAAGGAGGGCGUUGAAAUCUCUCCAUCUUUUAUCUCAUUCUCCUUCACUCCCUUUAAAAUACUCACCCCGCGGCCAAGAGGAUGAUCAAGUGAAUGUGCUUCAGCGUGUACAAAUAAAACAAAGAGUGAUAUAGUGAGAUAUAAGACAUAACCAAGCGAAGGACAGACAGGCAAACAGACAGAAGUGUACUACUAUUCUAAAUCAGCACUACAGCGUGAAAUCAAGGUUGCCAAGAUGAAGAAAACGGAGAAAAAUAUAGAAUACGCGGAUCCUGGCCAUAUUUACACCACCAACUAUAUUAAAAACUCCAAGGCGAUAGGCGUGCUGUGGGGAGUGUUCACCAUCUGCUUCGCCAUCAUCAACAUCGUGGUGUUUAUUCAGCCACAGUGGAUUGGUGAUACGAUGGAGUCAAAGGGAACAGGCCACUUCGGGCUGUGGAAAUGGUGCGUGGGCGGCGGCGUGGGCGUGAACGUGGGUGGCAGCAGCAGCAGUAGCAAGAGCAGCAGCGAGAAGGCGAGCGGGGACGUAGCGAGCGGGUCACCGGAAUGCCAUGGCCAGCUUGAUCAGUUUGACACGCUGCUCAACACCCCAUCCCGCGUGGCUACAGUGCUGGUGGGCCUCUCCGUGGUGCUCACCCUCCUCACCAUCUGCGCCAUGCUACUUUUCUUCUUCCUUAGGUCCUCCACAGUCUUCCACCUCGUCGGCAGCAUGCAGCUUCUGGCCGCGCUGCUCCUGGGUGUGGGCAUGGCAGUAUUCCCGGCGGGGUGGUCCGCCUCUCAGGUGCGUGCCGUGUGUGGGCCCACCGCGCGGCAGUACCACGUGGGGGAGUGCGAGAUCCGAUGGGCGUUUAUGCUGGCCAUCAUUGGAGUCCUGGAUGCAAUAGUCCUGUCAACGCUUGCCUUUGUUCUGGCCACAAGACACGUCAAGCUGCAGCCAGAGCCGGAGCCGCUGUACGGGGGCUCUGUCUACAAGGGCCAAAUGAACACCGGUUUCGUGGGUGACGCUGGCAGUCUGGCCGGCUCCCGAAAGUCCCUCAACCUUCAGCCAGUGAUGCUCAUGCCCCACCCAGACCACGAUCGCUUCUCAGAGUUCUCCCACCACACGGCCCGCUCCAAGAAUUCCCCCUAUCGUGCCCACUAUGCUUCCUCCGUGCAGAAUUUCCAGCUGUAGGCCGCCGAGCUUUAGUGAUGUGUUUCCAGUAGGCUUUACGAAGUUUUCUUACUCUGGAAGUUUCAUUUUUUGGUCUGAUUUCAUUUAUUUUCUCUCUCUCUCUCUCUCUCUCUCUCUCUCUCUCUCUCUCUCUCUCUCUCUCUCUCUCUCUCUCUCUCUCUCUCUCUCUCUCUCUCCAGGGUUUAUAAAAAAAUUUUCCUUGUUGUGUCAGUUAUACCUCCUGUUUAGGUAGGCUUAUUUUUUAGUUUCAAUUUUCUAUAGUUUUUUAUACUAGGAAUUUUAUAGGUUAGCCUUCUCUUCUAUUCCUUGAGUUUUAGUCUCCCAGUUGUAGCUGUAGAUUUAAACUUUCCCUGAUGUUUUUCUUAAGGCUUUAUUGUACAGGAGCCUUGUGUUGUAAGCGCCUUCCUGGUGUGAGCAUUUAUGUCACUCCUGUCACAACCCACCAACAGGGGAGCUCACACUGCUGCUGCCUCUCUGUCACUCCAGGAGGCUCUGCGGCCCAGCCAUACCCUCGUGGGAUAGCUGUAAACAUGCCUGAUCGUUAGUUAUAGCAAUAUGUCGACAACGAAAUGAUUCCAGCCAUCACGAAUGAAAAACGGAGCACCAACACACACACACACACACACACACACACACACACACACACACACACACACACACACACACACACACAGAAAUUUCAGUCACAUUAUUUUCUUUUGUCUUAAUAAUGUGCAGUGCCCGGCUGUAUAGUUGCAAGGUGAAGGAGGGAGAAGUGAAGCUCCCUGCAUUGCUAACAGGAAGCUUGUCAAGGCUCAGCACGCCACGCACAGCAGCCAGCCCACCCCUCACUGUGCCACAGGAAACCAGCCAGGCCAUGCACUGUGUUGGCAGCUGAUAGUUGUGCCUGGGUUGCUCAUCUUAGAAUGGUACAUCUCUUGUGGCUGUCUUAACCAAGUCACCCUGUCCAGCCAAGCCUUUCCACGACUGUAUGAGCACACCAGAUGGUUCUCAAUGGCUUGAGGUGCGUUUUCUUCACCGCUGCAGGCUUGAAUGAACUGCUGUGGUGAAGGUGGCCAGCAACUGAAACUUCUGAUCAAGACGAGGUGGAAACGUUGAACUGCACGGCUGAAUUGACUUAACCUCCUCAUCUCUUCAGAACAUCGUCACGUACAUAAGCAUAGCCGGAAAGUUUGGGCUUGAUUAAAAGAACAAACUCUGUGUUCAUCUUGGUUCUCCUGCUAUGUUGUGUGUGAGCACUGCAGACUGAAGCACCACACACACACACACACACACACACACACACACACACACACACACACACACAC